AUGCCUGUAGUUAUUGCUGAGAAUUCAACAAUAGCAGAACACAUUAGAUACAGAAAAGCAAGAAACCCAAACCAACCCAACUCAGACACAGAUCCAAACCCACCUCAAUUCCCAUCUAUCAUUCAGUCCACUCGGUGUAAAUCCACCAUUUCCGGUCUGCUCCUCUCGACAUUCAACCCAAAUUCCACCAAUGAAAACCGCACCGUCUCCACUACCAAGAAGAAGAACUUUACAUCUGCGACAUUCAGAGGUUUAGGAUGCACAGCUUCUCCUCAGGUAUCGGUGCCGGCGGCUAUUCGGGCAUCGGCGAGUUGGGAAGCCAAGAAAGUGAAGAAGAAGAAGCAGAGGAGUAAGAAAAACAAGGCACCUAAUUCAGCUUUGGCAAUGGGGGCUACUAAUAACAACUCAUCAUCAUUAUCAUCCGCUUGUGUGGCUGUUCCUGAUGUUUGGUGUGGUCCUGGGAUUGGUUUUACUACUGAUGCUGCCUCAGUUGAUUGUGUUGUGUCAAGAAGGCCUGUGUCAGGAAGAGGGAAAGCUGAUGGCGAGAAGAUAAAUCAAAGGGAGCGUCCUUCAUAUGCAACAAGGAGAAUGGUGACCCCUGAAGACUUCUCUUUUCUUGAUCCCGACCCUGCCUUCGGAAUGCCACACUCUCGAUUGGAUUUAUUUGGAUCAAGGCAUCAUCGCCAUGUUCGACAUCGUUCUCCAGAAGGGCUGGCAGAGAUGACUAAGGUCUUGUGCUUGAGGUAG